AUGAGUGUCCGUUGCUUGGUCCUAACUGCCAUGCUGUCGCUGGGGCAGCCGCCUGGAUCCGUCAUGGGCGCUGUGGGGACACGUCUCAUGGCCGAGUUUGAUGGGCCGAGGUGGGGAGGUGAUGCAUGCGGCCCCCAGUGCUAUGAGUGUCCGUUGCUUGUUCCUGACUGCCAUGCUGUCGCUGGGCACUCGUUGCGGCCUUUCCCCCUCUCCCCCAUCACACACUCCCCAUCUGCACCUGCUCCUUCCCUCCCUCCCUCCCUCCCUCCCUCCCUCCCUCCCUCCCUCCCUCCCUCCCUCCCUCCCUCCCUCCCUCCCUCCCUGGCAGCCCUCCUGUCUGACUGCAUCGUCACCACCGGCACCACAGACAGCAUUGCCGCCUUCCUGUUUUGA